UUAAUCGCCAGAAAAUACUCAUAGAAACUCCGGCGGUGUACGUAUAUGUGCGCACCGCGCCUCCUCCUCCUCCUCCUUACGUCAUAUAUAUAUAUAUACACCUUACCAGUAACUCAUCUCUCCUUCUCCGUCUUCCUUUCACCAAAAAAAUCUUCUGUUAAUUCACUCACUCUCCACCAAAGAUACAUUCAAACAGUGUUGUAUGAACAUCGGUUCUUACGCUUCUACAAUGGCAACAGCGCCGGAGAGGCCGCAACCACUCCACAAUUUCUUUUUAUCGCAGCUGAGGUGGGGCCACAACUCCACCGCCAACCACCGCUUCCGCCGCCGCGACUCACAUCCCCACCCCAACCGCCACCGUUCCGUCUCCGACGGAGGUUCCGACUCCGACCUCCCUCCGCCCGGAUCACAGCCCCGCUUCUCCCCCUCCCCGUGCUCCGCCGAGAAGGAGCGCCCACCGACACCGCGCGAACCGGAAUCGGAGCGAAACGGCGUCGUGGUGAUCCCGGAGGAAGGAGAGACCAGGACGUGGAAUCUGAGGCCGAGGAAGGCGAGUUUAACUGCGUCGUUGAGGAGCGGUGAAAUGGCGGAGGCGGAGAAGAGCCAUAACCAUAUGCCUAAGUCCCAGCGGCUGAGAGGGAUUGUGGAAGGAGUGGGGCAAGGGCAAGGGGGGCAUCAAUGGCUGGAGAAGAAGCGGAAGCUGUGGAUCUCCCUGUCCAAGGAAGAGAUUGAGGAAGACGUGUAUUCCUUGACUGGGUCCAGACCUGCUCGCCGGCCCAAGAAACGGCCCAGAAACGUCCAGAAGCUAGUCAAUAAUGUUCUCCCUGGAUUAUAUUUGGCAGGACUCUCAGUUGACUCCUAUCGAGCUCACGAAUCACAGAUGUAAAUUCCACAUGGGAGAUAAUGUAGCUGAAUUCUUGAUUAUCUUGCAAAGAUGAUAUCUGCAACCGUGACCACAACUGUGCUAAAUGGAAUGCAGGGGAUUGCGUCCUUUUUUGUUGCUAAAAUUUUGCUAAAGAGAUUAUAAUGUGUCUUGCAGAUGUUUAUAUCCUUAAGAAAUUUAUGAAGAUCGGAGAGCUUUACAGUUUGCUAUAAUGGUGCCUCAAUUGGAGGUAUAAACAUAUAUACUUAGUUACCCUGAAGGAAAAAGAAUGCUACCUUAUUAUCUGAAGUUCAUCAACAGUUGUUUAUCUGUUUAGUUCCUUUCUCAUCUCGGAGUGUCAGUGAGGAGGAUACAUUGGUAGUUUUUGUAGUUGGUGCCUGGUGGAUGCUUAAGAUAUGUAAAGGACAAGAUAUGGAAUAUGGAAUAGAAUUUGGCUACUUCAGUUGAAGCCGUGGUUUUAAUUUCAUGAAUUUGAUCAUGACCUAAAA